AUGAAAGCUCUGGACCGGCAACCAAAAGCGGCAGACCCGUCUCCCUAUGCAAAAGUUCCAUACCCUCAGCGGUUGAAGCAGGAAAUCCAGAAACAACAAUACACCAAAUUUCUGGACAUCUUCAAGAAGCUGCAAGUUAACAUUCCUUUCGUAGAACCCCUGGAAAGCAUGCCCAAUAAUGCGAAAUUCAUGAAAGACCUUCUGUCAAAGAAACGCAAGUUGAAGGAAUUUUGUAAUUCUGAAUAUGGAAGAAGAUGUCGAGAUUCCUCUAUUGCUUGGAAGGCCAUCCUAGCCACUUCAAAAGCAAUGAUCGAUGUGGAGCAAGGGAAACUGAUGUUGAGGAUGAACGAAGAGACAGUCACCAUUGAUGUCUUUGAGUCAAUGAAGCAUCCAACUGAUGGAGGAAACUGUUUUCUGGUUAACAUAAUUCAAGAAGCAGUUGAUGACGCGAUGAAAGAGGAGAGUUCUCCACUAGAAUUAGAACAAAUCAACGAAGAAGCUGAACUUGCUGAUAAAGAACCAGUGGUGGAAGAACUAGAAAUAAAGAAAGAUAACAUCCCUCUUAGAGCACCGAAGGUGGAGCUUAAGGUGUUACCUUCAAAUCUGAAGUAUGCUUUCCUUGGUGACAACAACACUUAUCCAGUCAUCAUCAAUAUUGCGCUAUCAACCAAGGAAGAAGAAAAACUUCUCAAGGUGCUGAAGAAACACAAAGCUGCAAUAGGAUGGUCCUUCUCCGACUUAAAAGGUAUAAAUCCUUCCUUUUGUACUCAUAAGAUUCUAAUGGAAGAUGAUAUUAAACAUGUGAGGCAGCCGCAAAAGAGACUCAAUCCAACCAUGAAAGAGGUUGUGAGGAAAGAGGUAGUUAAACUAUUAGAUGCAGGAAUGAUCUAUCCUAUAUCUGAUAGCGCAUGGGUAAGUCUAGUAGAAAUUGUACCAAAGAAAGGUGGAGUCACCGUGGUAAGAAAUGAAAACAAUGAGCUGAUUCCAACAAGGACAAUCACCGGGUGGAGGAUGUGUGUUGACUAUAGAAGACUUAAUGCAGCCACUCGGAAGGACCGCUUCCCAAUUCCUUUCUUGGACCAAAUGUUGGAGAGACUAGCUGGUCAUGCCUUCUACUGCUUCCUGGAUGAGUACUCGGGUUACAACCAAAUAGCAGUAGCUCCAGAAGAUCAAGAGAAGACAACAUUCACAUGCCCUUACAGAGUAUUCGUUUACCGGAGGAUGCCCUUCGGCCUGUGCAACGUGUAA